AUGUCGACAGUCAGAACUCGGGUUUGCUGGUCCCUCGCAAACAUCAUCAAAUCGCGACUCCCCGAUGUUGACCUCUCUACCGGCCCGCAGAUCGAUGCGUUCCCGGACCCGAAGGGCUCGGCGGCCGUCGGCGGUGGUGGGGACCUUGAAGACGACAACGUCUCAACGCCGUCGCCUAGGUCCGGCCGGGCGGGCAGUCAGCCAACGGGCCGGACCGCAAGUCUGGGGUCCCAACGGCAGUCUCUCAAGCGUCCCGCGGAGGCCGCGGGCUCCUACGAUCACGACGAGCAGUUCCCGGACCGCGCGCACUCAGUUGCCAUGAACCUGGGAAUGUUGUCCCUCAACUCCGACUCAAGCCAAAAACACUAUCUGGGCUCAAGCUCCGGUGUCUUGUUCACGAACCUCAUUGGGGCGUCUCCUUCGAGCGCUGGCUCAACUCCGGCGGCGUUAUUGGAAGAUGUGCAAGCUCAAGGGCCUUCAUCGGAAUGUAUAAUCGCUCUUUACAUAUUUUCUUACGCCAGGUUCGUCUCAUAA